AUGACAGACAAAACUCCUUAUUAUAUCUAUAAACUUGUGCCGUCCACAGCACCCGUUCGAGAACCCCUCCCAGAGCAACUCCCCGUCAGUGCACUCGACCAACAGUCGGGUUUCAUUCACCUCUCUACUGCAUUUCAGGUGCCGAACACGCUGAAGUUAUUCUUCAAAGACGAACCCCUUGUUUAUGUUCUCCGGAUUCCGUACGAGCGUAUAGCUGAGAAUCUCCGUUGGGAAAAUCCCGAGGGCACCGUAUGCGGGCCGAGACCGGAAGAGGGCUUGUUCCCGCAUCUAUACAAUGGUCUGAAGUUGGGGAAGGAUGAGGUGGAGAGCAUUGCCAUUUGGAUCAAUGAUAAUGGAUGGGAUCAUGCUCUCUCACAAGCGACGCCAUGGCUUGUGUAUUAA